AUGUCUCCGUAUGCGUUGGUGUUUGGUAAAACAUGUCAUUUACCACUAGAGCUAGAGCACAAAGCGCUGUGGGCGAUGAAGAAGCUUAACUUCGACUUGAAAGAAGCAAGGAAAGCAAGAAAACUCCAAUUGGUCGAGCUUGAUGAGUGGAGAAUGCAAGCUUAUAAAAAUGCCAAAAUUUACAAAGAACGAGCAAAGCGUUGGCAUGACAACCGGCUAUGCGGCAAAAAUCUCCACAUUGGACAAAAGGUCUUACUUUUUAAUUCACGGUUACGACUCUUUCCUGGAAAAUUAAAGUCACACUGGUUUGGACCCUUUAUAAUUAAAGAAAUAUUCCCGCAUGGUGCGGUUGAGCUGAUUAAUGAGAAAGGGACCCGUACAUUCAAGGUUAAUGGGAAAAGGGUCAAGGCAUAUUGUGGGGGUAAUUUUCACAGGGAAAAGACCUCUGUAGACCUGAUAAAUCCAGAAUGA